CGGCCCCGCCCCGGCGCGGGGACCACCCUCCGCCAGCCCGCGGAGGCGGGGGCCGCGCUCCGGGCGCUGUCUGCGGGCUCGGCCCCUAGCCGCGGGCUGAGCUGCAGACCGGCGGAGCGCCGCAGGAGCCCGCAGCCACCAUGCGAGCCAGGAAGAAGAGAUGUGCCUGGUGUCUACAGGCUGCUCUGGGAUUGUGACUAGGGGAGCCAGGAAUGCAGGAGCCCAGGCCCUAAGAGAGAGAGAGAGAGACUCAUUCCACAGUACCUGAGCUUCCCCUGGUGGUGGUGUUCCUUCCACAUGGUGCCAGCACUGCAGAAAAGAAGCCACCCAGCCCUGGCCCCCUUGAAAGCACCAACAGCACAUGGAACUUUGAGGUCUGGAGCUCAGGACCCUGCUGUUCACUGAAGUUCAAACGGCAGGGCAGGAAGCAGCGUCGGUGGAGCUGACGGUGUCAGGGGCCUGAGGGGGCCUGAGUGGGGCCUCGGCCUGAGGGGACACCGGGGGACAGCCAGUGGGAGGACCAUGCUGCCCUAGACGCUCGCCCGGGGCUCCACCGGCCAUGGCCGCACAGCGGAUCCGAGCCGCCAACGCCAACGGGCUCCCCCGCUGCAAGUCUGAGGGGACCCUCAUCGACCUGAGCGAGGGCUUCUCCGAGUCCAGCUUUAACGAUGUCAAAGUGCCUUCUCCCAGUGCCUUGCUUGUGGACAACCCCACGCCUUUCGGGGAUGCCAAGGAGGUGGUCGCCAUCAGGGACUACUGCCCCACCAACUUCACCACGCUCAAGUUCUCCAAGGGUGACCACCUAUACGUGUUAGACGCAUCGGGGGGCGAGUGGUGGUAUGCCCACAACACCACGGAGAUGGGCUACAUCCCUGCCUCCUAUGUGCAGCCCCUCAACUACCGCCACUCCACACUGAGCGACAGCGGCGUCAUCGACGGGCUGCCUGAGAGCCCGGAUGAGGUGGCCCAGGCGCUGGACCUGCUGGGCGAUUGGACCGAGGACCAGGGCUCAGGCAGGCCCAGCAACAACCCCUUCUGGAAUGGGGUGCAGACCAACCCCUUCCUCAAUGGGGGCAGCGUCGGUGUCCGGGAGGCUCCAGCAGUGCCUGCCACCGUGGACCUGCUGCUCUUUGACCUGGGGGCCUCCUCCCUCACCGAGUCCAGCUCGGUUACCACCAACAGCACCGGGAACAUCUUCGAUGAGCUCCCGGCCCCCCAGGGGGCCCCAGCUGUGGAGGAGGUGCGGCGGGACAACCCCUUCUUCCGCAGCAAACGCUCCUACAGCCUCUCAGAGCUGUCGGUGCUGCAGGCCAAGGCUGAGGCACCCGCCCCAUCUGGCUUCUUCAGCGGCCUCCAGUCCCCGGCACCUGAGCAGUUCCAGAGCCGCGAGGACUUCCGUGCAGCCUGGCUCAGCCACCGCAAGCUGGCGCGGUCCUGCCACGACCUGGACCUGCUGGGCCAGAACCCGGGCUGGGGCCAGACGCAGGCGGUGGAGACGAGCGUGGCCUGCCGGUUAGACCACACGGGGGGCACGGUGCAGCUGCCGGACACCGGGGUCACCGUGCAUGUCCCCGAGGGCCACGUGGCGCCAGGAGAGACGCAGCUCAUCUCCCUGCGGGCCCUGCUGGACCUGCCACUGGAGCUCAACAGCGACUCCUGCAGCUGCGUCAGCCCCCUGCUGGAGCUCAAGCUGGGCAGCCUGCAGGUGCACUCGGCGCUGGUGCUGGAGCUCAGGUCCGCGGCCGAGGUCAAGGGCGACGCACUCAGCCGGAGCACCGUGGGGCUGUGCUGCCUGCGCAGCCACGCCAAGGACGGACCCUAUGUGCCCACCCCGCUGGCCCGAGGCCCCGGCGACACCGUGCAGGUGCAGCUGGACGGCCUGGAGCCCUGCACCUACCUGGUGCUGGUGGCCCACGGGCCUGGCAUCCUCUACCCGGCCACUGUGUGGGACUUCAUCCACAAGCGGCUCACCGUGGGGCUCUACGGCCCCAAGCACAUCCACCCGGCCUUCAAGACCGUGGUGACCGUCUUCGGCCAUGACUGUGCCCCCAAGACGCUGCUGGUCAGUGAGGUGACCCGCCAGCUGCCCGGCCCAGCCCCGGCCGCCCUGCAGCUGUGGGGGAAGCACCAGUUCUCACUGGCUCGGCCGCAGGACCUGCGGGUCAGCCUCUUCUCGGACUCUGGCCAGUGCGAGGUGCGGGCGGGGGACCAGGCCCGUGUGGUGCGAGGCUUCCAGCUCAAGCUGGCCAAGGUCAGCCGCCUGGUGUUCCCGGUGGCCUGCCGGGGCCCCGGCGAGCUGGCCGGCUUCAGCCUGAGGGUGCAGCUAGAGGACGAGGCGGGUGCCGUGCUGGCCUGCUUCUGCGUGCAGACCCCUCCGCCCCCACCCAAGGGUGCCGUCAAGCCCGCCGCCCAGAGGCGCUUCCUCAAGAAGAACGAGGUGGGCAAGCUCCUGCUGUCGCCCUCGGCCGCCCCUGCCACCAAGUACCCCACCUUCCAGGACCGCCCGGUGCCCUGCCCGCGCCUGGCCAAGCUGCUCAAGACCGUGGUGCGGCAGUGCAAGAACCACUACCUGCUGGAGUACCGCAAAGGCGACGUGGUGGCGCUGCUGAGCGACGAGAAGCUGCGGCUGCGCGGGCAGCUGUGGACCAAGGAGUGGUACAUCGCCUACCACCAGGGCCGCGUGGGGCUGGUGCACGCCAAGAACGUGCUGCCGCUCAGCCGGGCGCCGCCGGGGGCGCUGCCGGGCCCCGAACUCAGCACGUCGGUGCUGCUGGAGCAGAUCCUGCGGCCCUGCAAGUUCCUCACCUACAUCUACGCGUCGGUGCGCACGCAGCUCAUGGAGCACGUGGGCAGCUGGCGCUGCUUCGCCGACGCGCUGGGCUACGGCCACCUGCCGCUCGCCUCCUUCUGCCGCGCAGAGCUGGACAGCGAGCCCGAGCGCGUGGCCUCCGUGCUGGAGAAGCUCAAGGAGGACUGCAACAGCCUGGACAACCGCGACCACAAGUCCUUCCAGAAGGAGCUCAUGAUGGCCUUGCUGAAGAUGGACUGCCAAGGCCUGGUGGUCAGGCUCAUCCAGGACUUCGUGCUGCUGACCACGGCCGUGGAGGUGGCGCAGCGCUGGAGGGAGCUGGCCGAGAAGCUGGCCAAGGUGUCCAAGCAGCAGAUGGAUGCCUAUGAGUCCCCACACAGGGACAGGAACGGUGUGGUGGACAGUGAGGCCAUGUGGAAGCCGGCCUACGACUUCCUCCUGACGUGGAGCCAGCAGGUGGGGGACAGCUACCGGGACGUCCUGCAGGAGCUGCACACCGGCCUUGACCGCAUGAAGAACCCCGUCACCAAGCGCUGGAAGCACCUCACCGGCACACUCAUCCUCGUCAACUCCCUUGACGUGCUGCGUGCCGCCGCCUUCAGCCCCCCAGACCCCGACGACCUGGUGAUCUGAAUGGGGGAGACCCCCACCUCAAGAUCCAGCACAGCAGGCCCCACCUCCCCCAUCACCGGGGGGGGGGGGUCCCCCUUUCCCUGAUGGCAGGGUGGGGGGGGUGGGGGGAGGGCUUCUGCAGGCUGUUGCCAAUCAUGUGUUUUCUCUCAAGUUGACAUCUAAAUCGUGCUCCUUUUUUUUUUCCUUUCUUUUCCUUCUUUUUUUUUGGCAUGGCCCAGAAAGGUUUCAAAAUAAGCCUGCCACCAGCUCAUAGCAGAGCCAAUUUUUAUGUUCCACAGAGACUUUUUUUUUUUUUAAUGUGGCAGGUGUAUAUUUAAAGACCUCAUGGGGACUGCCCAGCUCCCGGCCACAUGUCCCCCCAUUUCAGGGGACACCCAAUGGAGUGAGGGGGUCUUCCCCACGAGCACAUAGUCAGUCACCCAAGAGGUUCAGCCAGUGGAAGCAGCCCCCACCGGUUCUCUCUAGAAAGUUCUUGGUUCUGCUCUCCCAGCUCGAUUUUUUUAAUUUUUUUGUACCUUGGCCAUCACCUGUUGCCACACGGGGGCCCUGGGGUGGCCCUCAAAGCCAGGGGACAUCAAGAGGCUGGUGAUCUUCACUGAACAGAGCCCCUGGGGGGUGGGGGUGGGUCCCUGCAAGCCUGGCAACAGGUACGUGCACCCCACAGAGUGCCCUGUGGACAUGGGAAGGUCCCCAUCUCUGUCCCCAUGCUGUCACACGUGGCCCUAAGCGCUGGCAUGCAGAAGUGCCUGCACCCCCUGCCAGACUGCCCACUCUUCCCAGUGGUCCCCUCUUUCCCAUGUACCCCUGUAUCCUCGUGGGGAGACUCUGGAAUAAGGGAAACUCCAUCCCACUCACCACUACAUAAGAUUAGGGGCUCAGCAGGCCUGAGGUCACAAGCCAAUCCAUGGUGACAUUGUGACCGAGCUUCUCUUGAGGAGGUAGAGGGUGAGCAAACCCACGCCCGGGAACAGGCUGGCGGGGGCACCACAGGAUGGGGAAGGCUCGCUGGUGUGACUGCUCAGUCUGCUUCCCCAGGGCCUUCUCUCUCCUCCUCCAUGUGACCCACGCAUCCUCCAGGGUUGGCCUGGGACAAUCUCCUCUCAACUGACUCUGAUCCUGGAAAAUACUCGAUGUUUCUAUGCUGCAACAACCAACCAAGACACAACCACCCAUCCGCCCACCCGCCCUUGCCGCCGUGGUCACUGAAAGCCACCUCCUCUCCCGAUCCCCCACCCCUGCCUUCAGUCCUGCCAGGACCACACCUGUCACCUUGUCCCCCAAAGAAGAAAUGAAACCAGUCGCACCUUAAAACCAUGGAUCUUUUUUCCUCAGGGGCUUGAACUAGUUUCCUAUGCAACCUGUCUUGUAGCACAGUCAAUUCUACAGAUGUUGCAGUAAAGUUUAUUUGGAUAUUUUAA